GAUUAAUUUUUACAUUAUAUGAUAAUGGAAAACGGAUAUAAUAUAUUUGGUUGGAUCAACAUCUUCAACUGCGCUUUUGUUACUUACUAGGCGUAAGGUUAAAAUAAGCCACCGAUUACUGAUGCGAAAUAUAAAAAGGUUAGUACCUAAUCCUUUGUUAUUCAAUUAACCUUUGGAAAAAAAUAUAUUAUCAUUUAUUUAUUUUUUCUUCUAAUUAUUUCAACUUGAAAAUGAGUGAAGUACAACAAUGUCAAGGAUCUGGCUGUACAAAAGAAGCAAAAUUACAAUGUCCAACAUGUUUAAAACUAAAUAUUUCAGGGUCUUUCUUUUGUUCACAGGAUUGCUUCAAGAAAAAUUGGCCUACACAUAAAUCGGUACAUCAAACUUUAUAUAUACCUAAUUUUCCAUAUACUGGAACUUUACGUGCAUUAUACCCUUUAUCUCCAAGAAGACAAGUUCCUUCACGUAUAGAAAGACCGGAUUAUGCCGAUCAUCCCCAAGGCAUUUCAAAGUCUGAAAAGACUGCAAAGGCUAAUACUUUCAUAAAAGUGUUGAAUAAAGAAGAAAUUGAAGAAGUGCGAACAGUUUGCAAGCUUGCACGCGAAGUUUUAGAUAUUGGUGCCGCUACAGUAAAACCUGGAAUAACAACCGACGAGAUUGAUCGAGUUAUUCAUGAAGCUAUUAUCGAGCGUGACUCGUAUCCGUCGCCUUUGAAUUACUAUGAAUUUCCAAAAUCCGUUUGCACUUCAGUGAAUGAAGUUAUUUGUCAUGGAAUUCCGGAUCGGCGAGAACUAGUGGAGGGAGAUAUUGUUAAUCUGGAUGUGUCUUUAUAUCAUAAAGGAUUUCAUGGAGAUUUAAAUGAAACUUAUCCGGUUGGAAUUAUUGAUGAAGAAAGUAUAAAGUUGAUCAAGACUGCAAAAGAUUGUUUAGAUAAAGCCAUCGAUUGUGUGAAACCAGGAUUUUUGUAUCGUGAUCUUGGAGCAGUUAUUGAAAAAAAUGCCAAGGCGAAUAAUUGCUCUGUUGUCCGUACUUAUUGUGGCCAUGGCAUUCAUAGAUUAUUUCAUUGUGCACCAAAUGUUCCUCAUUAUGCGAAAAAUAAAGCCAUCGGAACGAUGAAACCUGGACACUGUUUUACGAUCGAGCCAAUGAUAAAUCUUGGUACAUAUCAUGACAGACAUUGGCCAGAUAAUUGGACAGCAGUAACUGAAGAUGGAAAACGUAGUGCACAAUUUGAGCACACUUUAUUAGUAACAGAAACGGGAGUUGAAAUUUUAACGGCUGGCAAAAAUGAAAGACGAUUUGUUCCUGAUCCGAAUACGGUGUCAAAUAAUACAGGAAUUAAAAGUUUAUAGAGAAAUGCAUCAUUCUAGUUAUUAAUAAGCUAUUGUUGAAAACUUAAUGCUUUUAAUAGAUAAACAAAGUUCAUUUUCCUGGUAAUAAAAUUGAAUAUGAUUCAUGUUUGAAAGAUAAAGGAUUAGCGUUUUCUAAAUUUUUGAAUGAAUUGGAAUAAAUUCCCUUAUAAGUCAACAUGACAAAUUGGUACUAAUAAAAUAUUCUACUCUGUACUUCUGCUUCAAUAAUUAACUUUUUUUUUGUAACUUUGGUUAUUCUAAUUAUUUUAAAUAUGUAUCAGUCUAUAGUGAAUAAAU